CAAGGGAGUAACAGGUACGAGCACGUUUGCCUUGCUCGUUUUUAGCACGCAAAGUCACUGCCCAGUCAGAGGGCCCGUCACUGCGAGACAGCACGAGUACAUAUAGAAUAAUACUUCCCACCUUCGCGUGCCGCCCAAACCUAAACUCAUCUGUCCGCGCCUCCCCUCCUUUUAUACCAAACCAACCUAAACCUUCGCCCCUUAGUCCCAGCCAAUUCCACCAUCUUACCACCUUAUCUUGGGCUUAUAUUGGCGCGCUCUUCUUUAUUGUUGAUUCCCUCUUCUCUCCCGUCUCGUCCAGCUCUCGUUUCAUUGCGAGAUCCUGCAUUUUCCUGCUUCUAUUCUGUCCAUAGACAUCAUCAGCAAUCAUGUGUGGCAUUUUCGGAUACGUCAACUACCUGGUGGAGAAGGACCGCAAGUUCAUUCUUGAUACUCUGCUGAACGGUCUGUCCCGUCUUGAGUACAGAGGAUACGAUUCCGCCGGUCUGGCCAUCGACGGCGACAAGAAGAAUGAGGUUCUGGCCUUCAAGGAGGUUGGCAAGGUGGUCAAGCUGAGGAAGCUCAUUGACGAGUCCGAGUUGGACUUGACCAAGGUUUUCGACUCACAUGCCGGUAUUGCCCACACCCGAUGGGCUACUCACGGCCCCCCCUCCACUCUCAACUGCCACCCUCACCGAUCCGACCCCACCUCGCAGUUCACUGUUGUUCACAAUGGUAUCAUCACAAACUACAAGGAGCUCAAGACCCUCCUGACCAGCAAGGGCUUCAAGUUUGAGACCGAGACCGAUACCGAGUGCAUUGCCAAGCUCGCCAAGUACAUCUACGACCAACACCCCCAGAUUGGCUUCACCGACCUCAUCAAGGCCGUCAUCCAGGAGCUUGAGGGUGCUUAUGGUCUGCUGAUCAAGUCUGUUCACUACCCCCACGAGGUCAUUGCUGCCCGAAAGGGUUCCCCUCUUGUCAUUGGUGUCAAGACUCAGCGCCGCAUGAAGGUCGACUUCGUCGACGUCGAGUAUGGCGAGGACGACGCUGCUCUCUCCGCCGAGGCUGCUUCUCAGACCGUUGCCCUCAAGAAGGCCGCCGCUGGGGACCUCCUGGCCCCCUCCAGCGCCCUGGGUGCCCCUGACAAGUCUCUCCUGCACCGCUCCCAGUCGCGUGCUUUCAUGACUGAUGAUGGCAUGCCCAUGCCCACCGAGUUCUUCCUCUCUUCCGACCCCUCAGCCAUUGUUGAGCACACCAAGAAGGUCUUGUACCUUGAGGAUGACGACAUUGCUCACAUCCACGAGGGAUCCCUCAACAUCCACCGCCUGAAGAAGGCCGAUGGCAGCUCCAACGUCCGAGCUAUCCACACUCUUGAGCUGGAGCUCCAGGAGAUCAUGAAGGGCAAAUUUGACCACUUCAUGCAGAAGGAGAUUUUCGAGCAGCCCGAGUCUGUUGUCAACACCAUGCGUGGUCGUCUUGACGUUGCCAACAAGACCGUCACUCUCGGUGGUCUGCGCUCAUACAUCUCUACUAUCCGACGAUGCCGUAGAAUCAUCUUCAUUGCAUGCGGUACCAGUUAUCACUCUUGCAUGGCUGUCCGAGGUAUCUUUGAGGAGCUGGCUGAGAUCCCCAUCUCCGUUGAGCUGGCCUCUGAUUUCCUCGAUCGUGAGGCUCCCGUCUUCCGAGACGACACCUGCGUUUUUGUUUCUCAGUCUGGUGAGACCGCCGACUCUCUGAUGGCCCUCCGAUACUGCUUGGAGCGUGGUGCCCUCACCGUCGGUAUCGUCAACGUUGUCGGUUCCUCCAUCUCUCUCCUCACCCACUGCGGUGUCCACGUCAACGCCGGCCCCGAAAUCGGUGUUGCCUCCACCAAGGCCUACACCUCCCAGUUCAUUGCCAUGGUCAUGUUCGCUCUCUCCCUUAGCGAGGACCGUGCUUCCAAGAAGGCUCGCCGAGAGGAGAUCAUGGAGGGUCUCUCCAACGUCUCCGCCCAGAUCAAGCAGAUUCUCGACCUGGACCAGCCCAUCAAGGACCUGUGCCAGAAGGUUUUCAAGGAUCAGAAGUCUCUGUUGCUGCUUGGCCGUGGCAGCCAGUUCUCCACCGCUCUUGAGGGUGCCUUGAAGAUCAAGGAAAUCUCGUACCUCCACUGCGAGGCUGUCAUGUCUGGUGAGCUGAAGCACGGUGUUUUGGCUCUGGUCGACGAGAACCUCCCCAUCAUCAUGAUCCUCACUCGUGACGAGAUCUUCACCAAGUCCCUCAACGCCUACCAGCAGGUCAUUGCUCGUGGUGGCAAGCCCAUCGUCAUCUGCAACCCUGCCGAUGAGGAGUUCAAGGCCUCGGAUGCUCUCAAGAUUGAGAUCCCCAAGACCGUCGACUGCCUGCAGGGUAUCUUGAACGUCAUUCCCCUGCAGCUGAUUGCCUACUGGCUGGCUGUUCUUGAGGGCCUCAACGUUGAUUUCCCUCGAAACUUGGCCAAGUCCGUCACUGUCGAGUAAAGAGACGCCGGUCGGCUCUACUCACUGGAUGGAUGUUGACGUGGCAGGGGCAUUUUUUUGCUGCCACGUAUUAAAAGAUAAUGAGGAGUUGGCAGUCAGGGAACUUUUAACGGCUCAGCAAUGAUUUUUUCUGUAUUAGGAGGAUGCGCUUUAUAUUUUUGUAUGUAAUCAGGACCUUAGAAGGGUUCAACUGUCAGUGCGGCCGAGCUCGUUUAUAGGCGAAAGCAAGGCGGGCUGUUGUUAUUUACGUAGGACAUGCGUCUGCCGGAGCGUCUUGGCAGAGUGCAUUUUCGUUUACUGAAAAACAUGUGUCCUGAGCGUCUGCUUGUAGACUUUGCUCUAGCGUCUGCUUGGAAAUCUAGAUAAUCCAUAAAUUGUAAAAAGAUCAUUUUGUUCAAUAUGACAACGAGAGAAUGAAGUGACUUGGGCAUCAAUGGAGAAGUUCCUG